UUUAUAUAUCCAGUUUAUAUUAUGAUGAAAUCGUUUAUGUUUUCCUUAUCCAUAACCAAAAUUCAAUUCCAAGAUUUGUAUAACUUUCAUUUCGUGUCAAUUGAGUAACGUAAAUCUGUUUCGUAAGUUUUUCUUCUGUUAAUUCGUUUUUAAAAAAUCAGCUCAUCUUAACGGUUAAUGAUAUCACAUAAUGAUCUUCUUUCUUGAUCGAACCAUAAUUACUAUUUAUAUUCAUCGAUUCGACCAUAUCAUGAUUUGAAGCUGUAGUAUGAUUUUUUUUUUUGAAGAAAUUUUUUGGAGAAAUUAAAAUUCACGUAUGAUUAUUUUAAGUUUGAACAGAGGAUUAAAAAGGGGUGGUUGGAAUAGCUGGACCUCUGUACGAGACAGUCUGUAAAUUUGGGUUUAGUCAAUUUUCCUCUGAUUCAUACAGAUCAUUUUGUGCAACGUAAUUCACGCGCUCAUUUUAUGAUUAUUUUAAUUUAUGUCAAUUUUUGGGCCUAGAAAGGCCUAGGGAUUUUUGGGCCUGAUUAGCUUCAAUGUACAAUGGGGGCAGUUUCACUUCUCUGAGAACCAGCCAGUGCAUGCAAGUCAGAUGUAAAUUCUAACAUCAUAUCGAUUCGUUUUAUUGUACUUAUAUGGAUAAAAUUUGUUCUGACUUUAUACAGUUGAGUUUUAACUUUUUUAUGUUAUAAGAACGUAAGGGGAAGAUAGAAAAAAAAUAUUUCCAUGGGUCAUUCUUAUAUGAUGUAUUGUAAUUGAAUUGCAGAUUAUAUUGUUAACUACAAGGUUGAGGAUUUCCAAUUAAAGUUUCAAUUUCAACCAGAGUAGUAGCUAAAUGGCUACUUCCUUGGUUCACUCCAACAAAAUCAUGAAAAGGCUAGAAUCAAAGAAGUCCCAUUCCUGGUGGUGGGAUAGCCACAUUAAUUCUAAAAAUUCUAAAUGGCUCUUUGAGAAUCUUGAAGAGAUGGACAAGAGUGUGAAACGGAUGUUGAAGCUUAUUGAGGAAGAUGGUGAUUCAUUUGCAAAGAAAGCUGAGAUGUAUUACCAAAAGCGGCCAGAAUUAGUUUCUCAUGUUGAGGAGUUCUAUCGCAUGUACCGAUCACUAGCUGAACGUUAUGAUCAUGUGACAGGAGAAUUGAAGAAGAACAUUCCCUCUGAUCUCCAAUCCCAGAGCUCUACAAUGUCUGAUAAUGGCACUGACCUGACUGCUGCCUGGCCCUCUCCUGAUUUAAAGGUAGGACGCCGAAAAUCUACUACACGAGCAGCUGGUUUUGAUUUCUUUCUUGGUUCGGGUGGAAACUCUGAUAAUUACCAGAGAGAAGGAGAUGAAUCAUCUACUUUGACAGAUUCUGAAGCAGAAUCUGAUGAUUCCUCGGUCAACAAUUAUUCUGGACUUUUUGGAAAUGUUGCUGGUGGUGAUCAAGUGCUUCAAAGAAGGAUAUUCGAGCUGGAAAAUGAGCUUCGCGAAGUGAAACUGAAGCUCCGGCUCCAAGAGGAAGACAACGCAGAUAGCAGCAGCUCAUCAAGGGGAUAUAAAAGUGAGUACUCUGAAGAUUCAUAUGCUAGAAUUGCUGGAUACGAGCAAGAGUUGAGGUUUGCAAAUGAGAAAAUACAUAACUCAGAAGAAGAGAUUUCUAGAUUGAAGAUUGAACUCCAAAAGUGCAUGUCAUCUGAGAUUGAUUUAUCUUUGCCCGAAUCAUCAGAACAGAAAGAGGUUGAAACACGUGAGAUGGAGUUAGAGGAACAAGAAGAAUUGAUGUGUGAAGAAAAUAGUGGUUUGGAAGAAGAUGUUAGCUCAGACAGCAAGAUUCAGGCUUUGGAGAAAGAGCUGAGAAUCACAAAAAGCAAGCUUCAAGUUUCAGAGAAUGAAAUCACUAGUUUGAGAUAUGAACUUGAAAGAAAUAAAUCAUCUGAAAAGAUUUUGCAGAAUCAGCUUCAACUGGCCCAGAAAGAUAUCGCUACAUUGAAAUCCACACUCAGCGUUGAAAAAAGAGAGGUUUUGAAGCUGAAGGAAAGAGUUUCGAGGCUAAAGAGUAGUUUGUCCGACCGUGAUCAUGAGGCUAGGGAUUUGAAACAAGCAGUGUCCGAUGCUGAGCAGAAGAUUUUUCCUGAAAAAGCACAAGUGAAGGCCGAAAUAUCUAAAUUGCUUGAGGAACGUGUUCGAUUUGAACAACAGCUUAAGGAUAUAGAAAAUCAAGGACGGUGUUUAGAGGAGGAGAUUAGAAAGAUCAAGGCCGAGAAGUCAGAAAUGGAGGAGAGACUAAAUGGUGUAAUUGAGAAGCUGAAGGCAGAAAUGUUAGAGAGAGAUAACACCAUUAAAACUAUGAAUAAGAGCAUUGAUUCUCUGAAAGUUGAAACUGAUGAUUUAAAUUCAAGAGUUUUGACACUUAAAGCAGAUGUUAGCUCUAGAGAUGAUCAGGUAGAUCAAUUGAACAAACAAUUGGUCGAAUCACAGAACGAGCGAAGAGAGCUGAUUGCCGAAGCUGAAGCAGUACAGAAACUAGUAAAGGAGCUGAAUUCAAGAACUCAGGAACUAGAAGAUGAAGUUGAGAGGCAAAGGGUGGUAAUUUCAGAAGGAGCAGAAGAAAAAAGAGAGGCCAUAAGGCAGCUAUGCUUCUGUAUCGAACAUUACAGGAAUGGAUACGAAAGGCUUCGGGAGGCUUUUGGAGGACACAAGCGAGUCGGUGUUUUGGCAUCGUAAAUCAUUUGUACAAUAUAGUUUUUGAGAGUGCUUACCUAGCUAUCGGGUUGAGCUUUAUGACAGACAGUCUCGUUUGUGCCAAUAUAAACGUUUGGUUUCUUUUACUUAAAGCAUAUGUCAAUAUAGUAUGCAAGAUGUAAAAGUACCCCCCUUCUUGGGGACCAUUUGAUUUUGAGUCUGAGAAAGUGUAGAACAAAGAUAGGAAAAGCUUGUGUAAUUUAUUCAGUUAAAUUGUUAAUGCCUUAAUCCUGGCCUAAAUGUAAAAGUUUGAUUAGCUGCA